UGCCGCAGGUACGGCUGAAAAAUCAAAAAAAUGUAUUAGAAAAUGGUAAUGGUGCCGGCUUUGCAGACGUGGAACUUCCACGUAGCGGGUCCUUAAUUUUUCUGAUUCAGGAUAUGGGUUAGAAUUUAAAUUAUUGACAGAUCCUUGUGGUAUUGCAGCCCAAACUAGUUAUCCUCUCUACAUAUUAACUCGCCUUUUCCAGCAUAUCUUAAAAUGAGAAUUUUGUAAAAUCUUAUUCAUAAUGAGGAGUCCGGGAGCCGACACACAAAUUGAAGUGACCGAGGUCGAUCUACCAACAGAUGUUAAUAAAUGGAAUCCCACAAUAGACACAUCUAUUUAUAUAAAUGAUCAGAGUCAGUCAAUAUCUCAUAGAAAAUUUAUAAGGAGAUGGAAUCGUUUGUCCCGUCUGCAGAGAUCCAUUGUGUAUGCUGUGAUAGUUAUAGCUGUAACUGUGGGGGUUCUCUUCUAUACCGCUCGGGAAACAAACCCUGAGGAUAAAACUAAUAUUACCCAGCUUCCUGUGGAACCAGUGAAGAAUUUGUCUCUAGUCAACGAGCCAGUCGCGGAACCAGUAUUAAACAACAACAAACCUGCCUUUGAAAUUGAACUGAAUGAGAGACCAGUCUUUACUGGUCCCACAAACUCGAAACAGUAUGCAGUGGUGGAGAGCUUCAGGCACGCGUGGAAGGGUUACAAGACACACGCCUGGGGCCACGACAACUUGAAGCCCCUGUCCGGGAUGCCUUCCGAUUGGUUCUCGCUGGGGCUGACCAUCGUCGACGCUUUGGACACUGCAUUUAUUAUGGGACUGACUGAAGAGUUCGACGAGGGCCGCGAAUGGAUCAGCAAAGAGCUCGUGUUCACGCGGAACAAGGACGUGAACUUCUUCGAGGUGACCAUCAGGGUGCUGGGCGGGCUGCUGACCAACUACCACUACACGCAGGACGAGAUGUUCCUGAAGAAAGCGGAGGACCUAGGCGACCGUCUGAUGGCAGCGUUCAACUCGCCUUCGGGCAUCCCGUACUCGGACGUGAACCUGGGCACGCGCACCGCGCACGCGCCCGAGUGGUCCCACUACAGCACCACGGCCGAGGUCACCACCGUGCAGCUAGAGUUCCGCGAGCUGUCGCGCGCCUCCAACAACCCGGCCUUCGAGGACGCAGCGGGAGCGGUGUCGGAGAAGAUCCACCAGCUGCCUAAGAAGCACGGUCUGGUGCCUAUCUUCAUCAACCCCAACACCGGGCAGUUCCUCCCGCACGCCACCAUCACGCUGGGGGCGCGCGGGGACAGCUACUACGAGUACCUGCUCAAGCAGUGGCUGCACACCGGCAAGACCAUCAACUAUUUGCUGGACGACUAUCUGACCGCGAUUGAGGGUGUACGAGAAUUCCUAGCGAGGCGGUCGACGCCUAACAAGUACUUAUUCAUUGGAGAGUUGCUGGCCGGAUCCGAGGCGUUCAACCCCAAGAUGGACCACCUGACCUGUUUCCUGCCGGGCACACUGGCGCUGGGCCACGCUAACGGACUCCCCGACUGGCACAUGACCAUGGCCGAAGAACUGAUGACCACGUGCUAUCUCACAUACAAGGCGCACCCCACGUUCCUCGCGCCGGAGAUCACGCAUUUCAACUUGGCGAGCGCCACGUCGGACAUGUACACGAAGACAGCGGACGCGCACAGCCUGCUGCGGCCGGAGUUCAUAGAGAGCCUGUUCUACAUGUACCAGAUCACCGGCAACACCACCUAUCAGGACUGGGGCUGGCAGAUUUACCAGGGCUUCGAAAAGUAUGCUAAGGUCCCCAACGGCUACACUUCUCUAGCCAACGUGAAGACUGAAAAGCCGGUGCAACGAGACAUGAUGGAGUCCUUCUUCCUCUCCGAAACGCUCAAGUACCUCUACCUAUUGUUCAGCGACGACAGAUACCUUAUAGACUUGAGCAAAUACGUCUUUAACUCCGAAGCUCAUCCCCUGCCUAUACACAAGUCAUAG